AUGCCCGCCUCGCUGACGAUCCAGCUCGUCAACCAAUCGACUUCAGAGAAUGUUUACUCAUAUAUCACAGGACUGGCAAUUCAACAUGGCAUGGCGCGCGUCUUCCUGAAGGCUGACGGCACCAGCCUCUACUUCCCUGAACCACCACCGGCUGGCAGGAUCCUGCAACCGCUGACAGAGGACUGUGCCAUCCCGCUCGGCCCUCCUGGCAACUCCGUGACCGCGAUCAUUCCGCAGAUGGCUGGCGGUCGCAUUUGGUUCAGUGUCGAGGACAAGCUCACGUUCCUGCGCAACCCUGGCGGGCCCGGCGGCGGCGCCGCCCUCGUUGAGCCCUCCAUCCUCAACCCAAGCGACCCAAACGCCGACGUCGACUUCGCCUUUUGCGAGUUCACGCUCAACAAUGACCAGCUGUUCGCCAACAUCAGCUACGUCGAUUUCGUCCCGCGCCUGCCCAUCGCCCUGACGCUGCAGACGCACGGCGGCGCCGUUCAGCACGUCAGCGGCAUGCCGCCAGACGGGCUGGACAAGGUGUGCGCUGGGCUCCGAGCCCAGGCUGCAAAGGAUGGUUGGCCUUGGGAUAGACUCAUCGUGCAGCGCCAGGGGCAGGCCAGGCCGCUUCGCGCUCUCAGCCCGACCCACGGCGAUGCGGUCGGAGCCAGUUUCGCAGGGUACUUUGAGCCAUUGGUGGAAGCUGCAUGGAACAGAUACGCCCAGAAGCAGCAGCAGCAGCAGCAGAAACCCCAUCACAGAUUCCGCCUCCCCCUUCUCGACCGCGGCCCAGAGCCCGCACCACCACCCCCACAGCCCCAGACCGUGCUACGCAUCAACACGCAAUCCGCGCACGGCACGCUCAAGGGCAUCGUCCCGGCCGCGUCGCCGAACCAGCUCGUCAUCGGCGGGGAGGCGUUCGCGCGGCCGACGACGGCCGACAUCCUGGGGUGCAACAGCGGGCCGUUCGCGACGGGCGGCGGCGGCGGCGCGGCGGCCGUGCGCAACGCCAUCAUCCCGCGGCUCGCGGCCGCCUUCCAGCGCGGGUGCGUCGCCGCCGCCGACGUGCCCGAGCACCCGUCGCACCCGGCGACGUUCUACCGCGCCGGCGGCCCCGCGAAUCACUAUGCCCGUGUUGUGCACGAGUGCAACCUCGACGGGAAGGGGUAUGCGUUCGCGUAUGACGAUGUCCAGCCUGACGGCGGGGAGGAUCAGAGUGGGAAGGUGAAUGCGGGGGAUCCGAGGGUGUUGGUCGUCGCGGUCGGGGGUGGGGGUGCGUACGUGGGUGAUCGCAUGCCUUGA